GUGAAAAAUUAGACUGUUUUUUUUAAGUGGUGCUCUGAGUUGUAAUUCAAUAAGCUGCCGUCAUUUUACCGAGGAAGAAGAGAUCUUCCCAGCUGUGUUUUCAAAAACAGAAUUGACCCUCCAUGAGAAACCAUGAGCGUCCCAGACUACAUGCAGUGCGCUGAGGACCACCAGACGGUGCUGGUGGUGGUGCAGCCGGUGGGCAUCGUGCCCGAGGAGCAGUUCUUCCGCAUCUACAAGCGCAUCGCCAGCGUGUGCCAGGUGAGCGUGCGCGACUCGCAGCGCCAGCUCUACAUCCGCUACCGCCACCACUACCCGCCCGAGAACAACGAGUGGGGCGACUUCCAGACGCACCGCAAGGUGGUGGGCCUCGUGUCCGUCACCACCUGCGCCACGCCCAAGGAGUGGCCGCAGACGUCCGACCGCUUCCACGGGCAGAAGGAGGUGUACGGCGCCACGCUGUACGACUCGCGCCUGCUGGUGUUCGGCCUUCAGGGCGAGAUCGCAGAGCAGCAGCGCACCGACGUGGCCUUCUACCCCAGCUACGACGACUGCCCAGACGUGGAGCGCCGGGUGGAGGACUUUGUGGAGUCCAUCUUCAUCGUGCUCGAGUCCAAGCGGCUGGACCGUGCCACGGACAAGUCUGGAGACAAGAUUCCGCUCCUCUGUGUGCCAUUUGAGAAGAAGGACUUUGUGGGUUUGGACACAGACAGCAGGCACUAUAAGAAGCGCUGCCAGGGGCGCAUGAGGAAGCACGUGGGGGACCUGUGUUUGCAGGCGGGCAUGUUGCAGGACGCCCUGGUGCACUACCACAUGGCUGUGGAGCUGUUGCGCUCCGUCAACGACUUCCUGUGGCUGGGAGCGGCGUUAGAGGGCCUGUGCUCCGCAUCAGUCAUAUUCCACUACCCUGGAGGCACCGCCGGGAAAACAGCCGGCAGGAAGCCCAGUGUCUCCCAGGCAGCAGACUCUGGAAAGAGGCACAGACCAGGGGCCCUCACCACCAACGGCAUCAACGCAGACACCAGCACGGAGAUCGGGCGCGCCAAGAACUGCCUCAGUCCGGAGGAUAUCAUUGAGAAGUACAAGGAAGCCAUCUCCUACUAUGGAAAGUAUAAGAAUGCUGGUGUGAUCGAGCUGGAGGCAUGUGUGAAGGCUGUCCGGGUGCUGGCGAUCCAGAAGAGAGCCAUGGAGGCUUCAGAGUUCCUCCAGAAUGCCGUCUACAUCAACCUGGGCCAGCUGUCGGAGGAAGAGAAGAUCCAGCGCUACAGCGUCCUCUCUGAGCUGUACGAGCUCAUCGGCUUCCACCGCAAGUCGGCCUUCUUCAAGCGCGUGGCCGCCAUGCAGUGUGUGGCCCCCACCAUCCCUGAGCCAGGCUGGAGGGCCUGCUACAAGCUGCUGCUGGAGACUCUGCCCGGCUACAGCCUCUCCCUGGACCCAAAGGACUUCAGCAAAGGUACCCAUCGGGGCUGGGCAGCGGUGCAGAUGCGUCUCCUCCAUGAGCUGGUGUACGCCUCCCGUCGCAUGGGCAACCCGGGCCUGUCCGUCAGACACCUGUCCUUCCUGCUGCAGACCAUGCUGGACUUCCUGUCUGAUCAAGAAAAGAAAGAAGUGACCCAGAGUCUGGAGAACUACACCUCCAAGUGCCCAGGCGGGAUGGAGGUGAUCACUCUGCCCGAUGGCAUGAAGCUGCUCCCGGUGCCCUUCACCAAGCUGCCCAUCGUUAGGUCUGUGAAGCUGCUGAACCUGCCGGUGAGCCUGCGGCCCCACAAGGUGAAGGCGCUACUGGGCCAAAGCCUGUCCAGCAAGAGCCCUUUCAUCUACUCGCCCAUCGCCAUGCACAACCGCGGAGACGAGCGCAACAAGAAGAUCGAGUUCCAGUGGGUGCGUGGGGACGUGUGCGAGGUGCAGCUGAUGGUGUAUAACCCCAUGCCCUUUGAACUGCGUGUGGAGAACAUGGGGCUCCUGACCUCCGGGGUGGAGUUCGAGUCUCUGCCGGCGGCACUCUCCCUGCCCGCCGAGUCAGGCCUCUACCCCGUCACCCUGGUGGGAGUGCCACGCACCGCCGGCAACAUCACCAUCAACGGCUACCACACAUCUGUGUUUGGUGUGAGCAGUGACUGUCUGCUGGAGGGGCUGUCAACAGUGAAGACAGGUGGCUGCAUGGUGGAGGUGGUGCCAUCUCUCCCCCGCCUGCAACUCAGCACCUCCCUGCCACGGUCAGCACAUCCCACGUCAGAGGACUUAUCGAGCAGCGUGUCUCUGCAACUGUUUAACGGCGAGUGCCAGGAGCUCACCAUCACGCUGGAGAACAUCGGCACUGAGAGCCUGGAGACACUGGAGCUGUCCUCCAAGACCCUGACCACCAAAGAGAAGCUGUUUGGGGAGUUUCUGAGCUGGGACCUGAAGGAAGCGCUCUCCCACCUGCCCUUGAAGCCUGGCCAGUCCCUCACCAUCCCCGUCUGCAUCAAGGUCAAGAUGGACUUUUCCGGACAGGAAAACCUGCUGCAGGAUCUCAACGACGAUGGCAUCAGUGUGACCGGUCUCCCCAUCUCCAGCCCCCUCCGGCAGGUCUUGAAAUCACGCGCCGAGUCCAAAGCCGUCAGCAGUGAGCCUGGCAAGGCUGAGUACAACCAUGUCAAGACUCUCGAGGCCGUGCUGAAUUUCAAGUACUCCGGAGGAGCGGGCCACGUGGAGGGCUACUACCGCGAGCUGUGCAUGGGGGUGCGCGUGGACGUGGAGCCGUCCGUCUUCUUCACACGGGUCAGCACGCUCCCCGCCACCAGUACACGUCAGUGCCACCUGCUCUUGGAUGUGUUCAACUCCACGGAGCACGAGCUCACAGUCAGCUCCAAGAACAACCAGGACCUGCUGCUGCACACCAGCGAGUGCCAGAGGAUGGCGAUCCAGGUGGAUAAGUUUGCGUUUGAGAGCGUGCUGGCCCAGUGUGCAGACGGGGACGGUGGCGGCGGCGGCGGCGUCCCCGAGCGCUUCACCAGCCCCAAGCAGCUGGAGGAGCAGCGUCUGCUGGCCCAGAGCGGCCUCAUCAACAGCACCCUCAACAUCCGCUGGACCAUCCCGUCUCUGCAGCGCCAGGGCGAAGCCAGCGUGGAGGGCGUGCUCAACCAGCCGGUGCUCGACCAGCUGCAGCUGGCACCGCUACAGUGGGACGUGCUGGUCGGCGGGAAGGCGUGCGACUGUGACGCGGUGGCCGAGUGCCGCGUGGGCGAGCCCGUGGCACUGGAGGUGCGCCUGACCAACCGGAGCCGGGCGGCGGUGGGGCCGCUGGCCCUGAGCGUGGUGCCCUUCCAGGACUACCAGAACGGCACGCACAGCUACGAGCUCAGCGACGCCGUCACCUUCAUCGGCUCCAACACCUUCCACAUCGACACGGUGGACCCAUCCGAGGGGUCAGUGUGCCGCGGGGCGCUGCUCUUCUUCUACACAGGUGACUUCUACCUGAACAUCAAGUUCCAGGACGACCGCUCGGGCUCGAGCUCAGGCCCGGGUCCGGGCCGAGAGCUGCCCGCCGCCUGGUUCUGCCUGCCCAGUGUGCACAUCCGCACCCUGGAGUCGCCCAUCGAGAACGGCGCCUGAAUGGGACCGGGGGAGAGAGAGAGAGAGAGGGAGAUGAAUGAAGGAUGUAUGAUGGUGUACAUGUAAGGUGAAGGGAGAUUUGUUGUAAAGGGCAAAUCUGCAUUUAUAGAUUCAUGUAGCGCUGCAUACAUAUUUACAUGCUACAUGUAACUACAGGUUUGCAUACAUACAAACACACACACACACACACACACACACACACACACACACACACACACACACACCGGCGGACAAGUUAUAUAUUCUAGGCACUGGAUUUUGAUGGUGUGGGAGAUGGCUGUCUCAUAACGGUGACAUGUAAAUAUGUUUUAUAAUGUUGUGUUCACUGCUGUUUCGGCAGAUUGUUUUGCAUCAUCCUAGUGACAAGAGCUAUUUUCCUCGCAUCAAGUGUAAACGGGAGCCAAACUCAUCAUGUGUCUUUGGACAUUUCUCUACAUGAGCAUUGUUGAUGCUGAGCACAGGCCACAUAUUUACUGAAAGCUUGUGUUACUCACCUGUGCAAUACUUGUGCUUGUUUUUUUUUUUUUUUUGUAGUUGCCACAACAAAACAAAUUCACACAGUAAAUGUGGCAUCUGUGAGAACUCCAAAAGACUUCCAAUAAACAGUGGCAUAUUUUCUUCCUACCUCCAGCCCAGAUCCCCAGCCUCAGAACGUCCAUUUCUCUUUUGUCCGCCCUCCCUCUCCCUCUCUCUUUCGCUCUCUCUCAAAAACAAGAGCGAUCAAUCAUAAUGCUUUUAGUGGAGAGGGGCCUCGCGGUGAGAGACUUUUCUGAGAAAAUGAGUUCCUGUCCACCCUACACCUCUCUCUCUCUCUCUCUCUCUCUCUCUCUCUCUCUCUCUCUCUCUCUCUCUCUCCCUCUCCUCUCUCCCUCUCUUUUCUCCUGCUGUCUCCCACUGUUCUUUCUCCAUGUCUGGCUCGGGAAGGAGUGUUAAGGGCUGACAAAGCCGCCGCACUAAGUGGCCAUUUAGCCCUUGAUACCGGAUGAAUAUGUGUGAGAGAAAAAAAUGUCCCUCCCGUUCCCAUCAGCUUCAGAGUGGACAGUCCCACUGGAUGUCAUUCUAUGAGCAUUUCUCUGAAUGAGCUCCAGGCAAAGGCAUUAGAGGAUGUUGUGCACUUUCAUAUGGAAUUCGUUGUUUUUUUUUUUUGUUUUUUUUUCCUUCUAGUGCUUUAUAUUAUGAAGAAGCUUGCAUUUAAGCCGAAAUGGGAAAUGUAACAGUUAUUAUGAAUCAUGGUCUUGUCUGAAACGUUAUUUAAUUGCAGGCUACAACUAAACACUGAAUGUAAGAUAUAUAUUCAUCAUUUAUGACAGUGAAACUUAUCAGGAGAAACUUGAGCCUGUAUUUAUGAGUAGCGGACCCACUCGCACAAGCUGUGCUGUAAUGUCAAUUCUUUUCACUCCACUUUUUCAUCUCUUUUGUCGUUGUUUUCAUUUCUUUAUUUGACUUCAAAAUUGUACUACUGAGAUUUUGUUUUGUGAAGAUAAUUUUUUAUGUUGUUCUCAAUCAAUAUCUCUCUAUUAAAAACAAAAUGUCACUUAAAUACUAA